AUGACGGCCGGCGCCGCGGUCCCAGAGCACCGCAAUGUGACUGCAGAAUUCGUCAGCACAAGGUUUACGAGAUGCGGUAUAGAGAACGACGUUGUCACUGCAGCGUACAACAUUCCGGAACUGAGGUCAGCUAGACCGAGUGCGGCGCCGUCGUCGUCCAUGCGGUGGGGAGAGGGUCCUAAUACUACGCCGACACUUCCACGACAUGACUCGUCUCUACCAAUACAUGGGCAGACAUCACAGCCAUAUCUGCCCACGCGAGGGAUUAGGAUGCCCGAGGAGAAUCGUUGGGCUGAGACAAGCGAGGGAGCACAAAGCUACAACAGCGGUCAGGAAAUUAAUGAUCCAUCAUGGGGAGAUGAACAUACCCAGCGUGGCGUACAGAAAGAAAUACUCACAGAAAUCCAUGAUACUCAGUGCACGCUCCCAGGAAUGAUAAAUGAUUUUUUCGGGCAGGACGUUAUUGGUCCAUCUUAUAUCAAUUCUGAGUCACAGCCAUUCACCUACAAUUUAGAAUCAUCAUCUCAAUAUGGAUUUCAGACUCCACCACCUAUGCAUGAGUCGCAGGCACAGGAACACGAGGGACAGUACGGUCGUGGUCUUCGUGAACACAGACCCCCUGAUCGAUUGUCACCCUCCGCAUCGUCGGGCAAGGCCAGCUGGUCGUCAUCGCAUAGGAUGUACGUGCAAGACAUCUAUGUAGUUUCAUGA